AUGGCACACGCAAUACUAACAACAAAACAUAUACGACAAAUGGGACACAACAACAAAACAACACAAGCGCCACGCAGAAAAAACUUCGACACGGGGUCUGAUAUUACAAUUAUAUCAGAGCAUACGUUCGACACUUUAAACAUUAAGGAAACCGAGGCAGUCGACCGAUCAGCACGUAGUGCAACAGGCGAGCUACCCCUCACUUCUCAAUUCACAUGCUCAGUUAGCUUUCAAGGAGAAGAAAAAUCGCUUACUUGUCGCGUGUCAUCCAUAUACGAUCUCAACGUUAUGGGACUUGAUUGGAUAGAUGCUUUUAAUUUAAAAGAUCAGCCAAUAAAUUCAGUCUGCAAUCAAGUGCACAAUUUUCAGGGGAGUGUUGAUAAAUCCGCAAUUAAACCUCGCAGUGCUCAAUUGAAAUUAUCUUUUUCAGAUGUGUUCGAUAGCAAGAUGGGACUCUGCAACAAGACAAAGGCCGUAUUGCAGACGAAGCCCAAUGUUCAGCCAGUUUUCAGGCCAAAACGGUCAGUUGCUUACGCCAUGCAACAGCUCGUUGAAACGGAAUUACAACGUCUACAGGACUGCGAGAUCAUAUCACCUCUUACUUACUCGGAUUGGGCAGACCCAUUGUUGUCAUAA